UACACUUUGUCAGAAUUCAUGUCUCUACAUGCAGUCUCAUGUGGAAAAUGUAGCUAUUAAUGAUUCAGGAAAGAAGUCUGCCGUCUGCUACUCAGACCUUUUUGAACUUUUGGCCAAGAUAAGCCUGAAAGGAAGAGUGUGCUGUCUUGUGAAAGGGGACCAAGGGUGGGGCUCAGUUGAAGGAGGGGCUUUUUUUUUUUUUAAAUUUUUUUUUUUAAAGUUUCUUCAGUUAAAAGUUACCUCAUUCUUGAGCCACAGCCUCGCAGUAAAGGAACAAUUUGCCAAGUCUGCUCCAGGAGAAGGAGACAAGAUACCCAAUGGCUUCUCUAGCAGUGUCCAUCAACCAGUUUGCCCUGGAGUUUAGCAAAAAGCUAGCUGAAUCUGCUGAGGGUAAAAAUAUGUUCUUCUCUCCUUGGGGCAUCUCGACUUCCUUGGCUAUGGUGUAUUUGGGUACCAAAGGUAACACUGCAGCCCAGAUGUCCCAGGUACUUCAAUUAGACAGAGGCCUGCACUUCAAAUCUGGCAUUGAUAGUGAAAAGAAGAGAAAAAUGGAAUUUAACUCAGGCAAGGUUGAAGAAAUACAUUCUGAUUUCCAGUCCCUUGCUUCAGAAAUCCUCAAGCCUGGAAAUUCCUACUUACUCAAAACAGCCAAUAGGAUAUAUGGAGAGAAAACAUAUCCGUUUCAUAAUAAAUAUUUGAAGGACAUGCAAACAUAUUUUAGUGCAGAACCUCAGUCUGUUAACUUUGUCGGUGCUUCUGGACAAAUCAGAACAGACAUCAACUCCUGGGUAGAAAGCCAGACAGGAGGUAAAAUUCCAAAUCUCCUCCCUGUCGACUCAGUGGACUCCAUGACUAAGAUGGUUUUGGUGAAUGCCCUUUAUUUUAAAGGAACCUGGGAAUAUCAGUUCUCAGUGCAGAAUACCACUGAAAGGCCUUUCAGAAUUAACAAGACCACGAGCAAACCUGUGCAAAUGAUGUCAAUGAAAAGGGAGCUUCAAGUCUUCCACAUUGAGGAGCUGCAAACCAUAGGCCUUCAACUCCACUAUCAGAACCGUGACCUCAGCCUGCUUUUGUUGCUGCCAGAAGACGUGAAUGGCCUGGAACAGCUGGAAAGAGCCAUCACUUAUGAGAAACUGAAUGAGUGGACCAGUGCGGACAUGAUGGACACCUUGGAAGUGCAGUUAUACCUCCCCAAGUUCAAGCUAGAAGUGAGUUAUGAUCUCAAGCCAGCCCUGAGAAGUAUGGGGAUGACUGAUGCUUUUAGCCAGGGCAAAGCUGAUUUCUCAAAUAUGUCUUCAGAGAGAAACCUGUUUUUGUCCAAUGUUUUCCACAAAACCUUUGUGGAAAUAAAUGAAGAAGGCACAGAGGCAGCAGCUGGCACUGGAAGUGAAGUCGAUUUUCGAAUUAAGACACCUUCCAUUGAAUUCAAUGCAGAUCAUCCAUUCCUUUUCUUCAUCAGACACAACAAAACCAAUAUCAUCCUCUUUUAUGGAAGGUUCUGCUCCCCUUAAAUUCUGCAUCUCUCAUUUAAUGUGAGCAUUUGAUAGUAUACAACAAACAAACCAUCUGAUACCAUGAAAUGGAAAAGCAGUCAUCACAAAAUUAGCCCAUACUCUAUGCAUAUUUCACUCUCUAAUAUUAAUAAAUGAACCUCAAAGGAA